UGUCUGGGAAGGGGAGCUAGAAGGGUAGGAGAGAUGGAGAAAGAGAGAGAGGGAAAGAGUAGAGAAGUAGGCCUGCCACGGCCACGCGGGGGAAGGGAAUUCGGAGAGAGAGGGAGCAAGAGGGCAAGAGUAAGAGCAUAUGAGAGAGGAGGGACCAAGUGGCCCCUUUUAUAGUGGGCCAGACCUAUCUGGCUGUUGCCAGGUAACUGUGGGAAGGAGCAAACCUGGCUGUUGCCAGGUAACUGUGGAUGUGGAGUCCAGACACGAAUACCAUGGGCAUGAGGCGGUGCCUCAAGUGAAUGAUGUGAAUCAUUCAUGUGAAUGAUGACAUUCACAUAUGUGAAUAAUGGCCACAGAAUUAUGGAGCCUUGUGUCAGGAGUCAGGUGUCUGGGGGCGUGGCAAACACCUUCCAUCCCUUACAGGAACACCUGCUGGGUCUCCCAGGGGUUUAAACCUAGCUCAACCAGAAAACAGGCUGCCUUUCACAGUCCCACAGGAAUGGAGGAAGCAGCAGGCAGGGAAAGAAGAAGAGGUAACUAACCAGCCAUGUGGCAGAACUUAGAUAUAAACAAACAGGCUGAGUUAUGAGCUAGUGGGAAACAGUGCCUCAGUAAAGGCAAAUGUUUAUAAAUAAGCAGAGUUCCCAGUGUCAUUAUUCAGGAACUGGGACAAGCUUAGAAAGGCCCAUGGUUAUAUUUGCUCCUAACAUGGGGCUGAAAAUCCAAGGCUAGAGCCUGAGAAAAGAGCCCACGGGUGAAAACCUGCAGCCGUGCCCAGGCUUGACAGAGUGGAGAAGCCAGCAGAUGGCACAUGGGACCUGGAACCACCUCGAUCACCUCUGGGCCAACCACCAGCACAGUGAGCUAGCUGAACAGCGGGGGACAGGGCUGGCUGCAGCACAAAGCACAACAGAACAACAGAACCUUGGAGACAACAUGCAGAAGAAAUCCAAGCCCAGAUAGGAGCCUCUGAAAAGCUUGGUCAGCCCAAAGGGAGUGGUUCUAUAAUCCCAAAGACAGUCUCAUCUGCUCUGCCCUACCCGACUGGGUCCUUGCACCGUACCCCACCGCAGCCGCUGAGGAGGAGGAGGAGGAAGAGGAGGAGGAAGUCCCAGUGCCAGAACAAGCUGGACAAAGUUCAGGCGUUUCUAAGACCUCAAGUGAGGUAGGCCCAGAGCCUGACAGACCUAAGGCCCUAGGGGUUUCUGAAAGUGCCCAGUUUCUAUUCUGCACCCAGUGAUGACCCGCCCAAGACUGGCCCAGGGCCUAGCGUUCUUCCUGCUCGGUGGCACAGGUCUCUGGGUCCUGUGGAAGUUUAUCAAGGACUGGCUGCUGGUCUCCUACAUACCCUAUUACCUCCCCUGCCCAGAGUUCUUCAACAUGAAGCUGCCCUUCAGGAAGGAGAAACCGUUGCAGCCUGUGACACAGUUACAGUACCCUCAGCCUAAGCUGCUGGAACACGGACCCACAGAGCUGCUGACACUUACCCCGUGGUUGGCACCCAUCGUCUCCGAGGGAACCUUUGACCCGGAGCUUCUGAAGAGCAUGUACCAGCCGUUGAACCUGACCAUUGGCGUCACCGUGUUUGCCGUGGGGAAGUACACCUGCUUCAUUCAGCGCUUCCUGGAGUCAGCUGAAGAGUUCUUUAUGCGUGGGUACCAAGUACACUAUUACCUCUUUACCCAUGAUCCUACAGCCGUUCCCAGAGUUCCCCUGGGCCCCGGUCGGCUCCUCAGCAUCAUCCCUAUCCAGGGUUAUUCCCGGUGGGAGGAGAUCUCCAUGCGCCGAAUGGAGACCAUCAACAAACACAUUGCCAAGAGAGCCCACAAAGAAGUGGAUUACCUCUUCUGUGUCGAUGUGGAUAUGGUCUUCCGUAACCCAUGGGGCCCCGAGACCUUGGGGGAUCUAGUGGCUGCCAUUCACCCAGGCUAUUUUGCUGUACCUCGCCGGAAAUUCCCUUAUGAACGCAGGCAAGUUUCCUCUGCCUUUGUGGCAGACAAUGAGGGGGACUUCUAUUAUGGUGGGGCACUCUUUGGGGGACGAGUGGCCAGAGUGUAUGAGUUUACCCGGGCCUGCCACAUGGCCAUUCUGGCAGACAAAGCUAACAGCAUUAUGGCAGCCUGGCAGGAGGAGAGCCACCUGAACCGCCACUUCAUCUGGCACAAACCAUCUAAGGUGCUGUCCCCAGAGUACCUCUGGGAUGAAAGGAAGCCUCGGCCCCGAAGCCUGAAGAUGAUUCGAUUCUCCUCAGUGAAAAAGAAUGCCAACUGGCUGAGGACCUAACAUCCGGGCUAAGACCCGCCCCAUGCCAAGCCCAGCUUACCCCUUGCAUAUCUUAGUAUACCAGGAGAAUUCAACCACGAAAAUUGAUGUAGAGACAGUGUAAACUAUGAGAUGUUGUGUACCCACAGUCAUAUAGCAAUCCAGCACAUGAUUGGUUGGACAAGAGGGAGGAAUCAAAAUAGACGGCCUUUCAGGCCUCCCCACACCUACCCAACAGGAUGGAUGUGCCUUCUCGAGGCAGGCUGGGGAAUCCAGCUUUGCUCAGAGUGCCUGUGGGCUGUUGCCCUCGAUUGUUAGUUAAAUAUUGAUGUUUAGUUUUGUUUUAAUCUGCAAUGGUGGAGAUCCAACCUGAGGGCUUGCACACUGAAGGGAAAUGCUCUGCCCCUGAGCUGCUUUCAGCCCUGCCUGUUGCCUUGAAGUUGCACGUUAAUGCCCUCAUCCCAGCAAUGCUGUUCCCCUAGCCAUGGGCAGCUGUGGAUGCUCAGGAUUCCUGAGCUAGCUCUGAAACAGACCAGGCUUAGCUUCCCUCUGGUCACCUGCAUCCCAUGGUGAGCCACACUCUCAGGCACUCGAUGUCUACUUUGUUACAUGGUUUGAGGUAGCUUUCAGUAAAGAUGGUGUAUACUAGAUCCUGG